GUUGCAUGAUGCAGCCCCAUUGACCGCACCGCCUUGGAGAGAAUUCGUCUGUGGGCAGAUUUGGUCGCUAAUCAAGGUCGGGCAGGUGGAAAUUUUGGCCUACUCGACGCGAAGCACCUGCAAUCGGCGGCGAGAAUCAGCAGUCAAGAUGCGGUCCUCGGGCCCGUCGCAAAGCAGCUUCCUGAUGAGGGCCCAAGUCUUCCCGGUCGCCUUCGCUAGCAUAUACCUACUGUUUUUGCUUUCCAUGCUAAGCCCAUCUCUGCAAGCUCACUUUCUCUUCUUGCACAAGAUGCAAGUUCCCUUCAGGCCCGAUUUUGACAACCCUGUUCGCUACGGAAUCGCACCGUACAAGACUCGCAAUCUGCGCCUGACAACCUCGGACAGGGUCCAAAUCGGGGCUUGGCACGUUCUUCCCGACCAGUACAUGAAGGAACACCGGGGCCCUUUCGAUGAAGCACACUACGACAAGGCUCUGCAAAAAUACCCGACGGUUGUCUACUUACACGGCAACGCUGCGAACCGCGCUGCCCCCUUCCGAACGGCUACUUACUCACUCAUCACCAGCCGCUUGGGCGCGAACGUGGUUGCUAUUGAUUACCGUGGCUUUGGAGACAGCGAAGGCUCCCCAUCAGAGGAAGGUCUCGUCCGUGACGCCAGAGCCGCAUGGGACUGGGUCCUCGAGAAACGAGCCGGUAAGAGCUUCAGGAAAAGCAGCGAGAAAGGUGCUGGCAUGAUCGUCAUGGGCCAGAGCCUCGGUACAGGCGUAGCUGCCAAAUUGUCCCUGGAUCUCACCCAAGGAGGGACACCGCCUCAAGGUGUCGUCCUCAUCGCGCCGUACUCUUCCAUUCGCGGCCUCAUCACCAGCUACCGUAUAGGUGGUAUCUUUCCAGUCUUUGCGCCACUAUCGACGAUUCCCUUUGCGAAUAAAUUCCUUGACCGCGUGCUCUACACCCAUUUCAACACCUCAGCCGUGCUGCCUAUAUUAUUAUCCGCCACGCGGAAAGACCCGCCUACGACGUUCCCGCGAGUCGUCGUCGACCAUGCCACAAAUGAUGAGGUGAUCCCAUACUCACACUCGGAACAGCUCUUCGACGAACUCAUCGCGCUCGAGCUUGGCUCAGACUUACCUCUACACCCGUACGGUUCGAACAGAAAGAUUCCAAAGACGGGUGACUUGCAAUCCGUCUCGGACAAGCUGAAAGCGUAUCACACGCGGGUACAAGCUGCGAGGGCAAGCAAGGUGAAGAAGAGGACCAUCGAAGGCUUUGGCACGGUCGAAACCAUGGUUAUGUCGCACGGAGGCGCUACAGCUGGCGCGAGCGACUCAGCGGAGGACGCACCGACCGUCACGCUAAUUCGCACACAUCACGGUGGGCACAACAGAGUCGGCGAGGGUGUCAUAGACUUGGCAGGAGAGCUCAUUGGCAUCAUCGACUCCUCCGCAUCCACCGCCUCCGCUGCACGAUGAGAGCUGCCGCGCACGAAUGACGUCCGUUAGCCGCACUACUCAACUCGCGCAUUGCCGGGAAUAGUGGAUAAAUCUGUGUAUUCCUAGGCGAAUGAGCGGGAUAUGUAUACGAUACACCGGGA